CCGGGAACAGCUGUUCAGAAUGGAGGCUGAAAAGAUUUUGUGUAUAGCAGAUCUUGAAGCAGCAGCUUCAAAGAUCCUUCCAGCUUCGACUCGAGACUUCUUCAAUUCAGGUGCAACAAACCAGGUCACCAUUCGUGAGAACUCCACCGCAUACAGCAAGUAUCGCAUUCUACCUCGGGUCCUCAGAGAUGUCUCCAAAGUCAACACCCAGAUCAAUCUAUUCAAUCGAGAAAUAACUUUUCCUCUAUGCGUGUCUCCUGCGGGUCUCCAAGGCAUGGCCCAUCCGGACGGGGAGCUAGCGACGAGCAGAGCAUGUGCCAGUAUGGGCAUCAACAUGGGUAUAUCAUCUUAUGCCAACCACUCGGUUGAACAAAUUACCUCGGUUGGGACGGAGAUCGGGCCUGUCCAUCAUGUCAUGCAAUUAUACUCCAUGACCGACCGUGAGAAAGAGGCACGCAUCGUUCGCCGCGCAGAAGCCUCCGGCUGCAAAGCAAUCUUCCUUACUGCUGAUAGUCCGGUGCUAGGAGUUCGGUAUAACGAAUGGAGGAGUGGCUUUCUGCCCCCGCCGGGAUUGGGCUAUCCUAUGGUCGAGAAGACGUCUGAACAGAUUCAAAAGGAGUCGCAUGAUGAUGGCUUCAGCUCAUUUAACUCCAAUUCACACUCUUGGGCAAGAGAGAUUCCAUGGCUUCGGAAUAUCACCAAUAUGGAGAUUUGGAUCAAAGGGGUCUUGACGCCGGAAGACGUUGAGACAGCGAUUGAAUAUGGCUGCGACGGUGUUAUCAUAAGCAACCACGGAGGUCGACAGCUUGAUGAGACACCUGCAACUAUCGAUGCGCUUCCUGCUUGUGCAAAGGCUGCUAGGGGUCGAAUCAGGAUUCAUAUUGACGGAGGUAUUAGGUCUGGCACUGAUAUAUUCAAAGCCUUGGCAUUGGGAGCGGAAUGCUGCUGGGUCGGGCGACCUAUGCUUUGGGGCUUAGCAUACAAUGGCCAGAAAGGUGUCGAGUUGAUGCUUGAAAUUCUCUAUAACGAAUUCAAACGAUGCAUGCAGUUGGCCGGAUGCAAGUCUGUAUCCGAGAUUAGCUCCUCGAGCCUUGCAAUUGUACGACCAGACGGACCACUUGCACGACUUUGA